AUGGCUUCAGUAACUCCGAUGGUCAAUCUCGACCCGCAAACCUAUCCUAUUGACGAUGGAAAUAUGGGUAUCCAGAAUCUGCGAGAUCAAGUCAAUGCAAUACACAAUUUGCCGAGAACGGGGUAUCCUAUUGUCUUAGUCCCCGGGUUCAGUGGAUGGGGCCGGCCUCUUCUGGGAACAGUAAACUAUUUCGGCGGUUUCGAGGAUUUGGCAUUAGGCUUAUCAACGCUGGGCUAUGUCGUCAUCGUUGUUCGCAUCGGUCCAAUUUCAUCAAACAGGGACCGAGCUUGCGAGAUUCACGCACAGCUCUACAACAUAAACAGGAAUGGUCCUGGUGGAUUUGACCUGCCAGGAGCACCUGCAACCUUGAUUCCUGUUGAUUUCGGGCUCAACCAUCCAGCCUUCAAUCCAGCAAAUCCCGCCUAUCCCGCCUUGCUCAACAAUGCUCAGACGUGGCAAGCAGUCGUCUAUAACCCUCCCGCUGCAGCAGCUCAACUCCCACCAAUCUGGACAUGGAGUGCUGCCAAUAAGGUCCAUUUCAUAUGCCAUUCGCAAGGUGGUACAACCGUCAGGUACUUGAUCGAGCUUCUGCGUGGACUAAAUCGCGACUUCGUCUCCAUCAAUGCUGGCAACCGUCAGGACUGGGUUAAGUCUGUCGUCACCCUAGGCACCCCUCACAAGGGCACAACGGUGACAGACGUAGUACAAAAUGUUCUCUUGCCCAACCUGAGCCCCCUCCAGGACUUUGUUACCUCUUGCUCGUUUGAAUCCCGACCAAACAGGGUUUACGAUCUGCACCUGGACCAUUGGGGUUUCUCCCGGAAUCCAGGAGAGUUCUAUAGCCAGAUGCGUGCCAGAAUUGCCGGCGAUGUGACGCUCUGGUGGAACGGUGGCAACCAUGGUUUCGAGGACAACAGUCUUCAAGGUGCAGCCGCUCUCAACGCAUAUGCCCCUUCGCCAGCUACCUACUACUUCACCAUGUCUUUCUGUGCGACAGUGCUAUUCCCAAACGAAACUCUCACUGCUCCGGAGGUAAACGGCCUUUUAGCUUUGCUUCCACUCGUGCGACCUUUCAAUAUUGGCGGAAUAUUCGGCGGAAUCUCGGCCCCGAUUCUAAGAACGGCCAUCCGGUUCGGGGCGCUGCCUCGAGCCAGGGCAGUUCUGGCGUGGAUGACGAAUGUCGCAAACAACCACCUCGGGAAUUUGGGAUAUUUUGCUCAGAUUCCCCCGCCUGGCUUACAGAUACCUCGGCCGGACGUGCUCCCACUCCUAUCAUUUCCUGCCUACGCCAUGGGAGGGUUAGAUACUCCUCCUCCUGGCAUCCUAGAGAUGACGGCGGACCAACUUAAGCCAAAUGAUGGCAUUGUGAAUACCAUAUCGAUGGACGGUCCAGUUGCAGGUCCUAUCAUGGAUGGGACGGAUUUUGCAGCUCAGCUUCAGGUUGCGAUAGCGGCCGGGUCUCUGCAGCUCGUUCGUGGGCGAUACUGGCAUCUGCAUUCGAACUCGACGAUCGACCAUGCUGAUCAGAUCGGUGUAUUUACGAAUCCUGCUACGGUGAGCUUUUACCCCUUAUAA